GUCGCUGAGCUGCUGCAGCUCAUUGUCUUACUGCCCAGGUCAGGGGUCACGGGGCCGGUGUGUGUCAUCACUCCGGUGUAUGUGCGGGAAUAACAUGUCUGUACCGCUACUCACCGAUGCCGUGACCGUACCUGCGGGGGAACGGGAGACCGGAGCGGUGAUAUUCCUUCAUGGACUCGGUGACACGGGACAUGGCUGGGCUGAGACACUAUCGGCCAUCAAACUGCCACAUGUGAAAUAUAUUUGCCCCCAUGCGCCACGUAUUCCGGUCACUCUGAACAUGAAGAUGGUGAUGCCUGCAUGGUUUGAUCUGAUGGGUCUGAGUCCUGAUGCUCCAGAAGAUGAGGCAGGAAUUAAGAAGGCAGCAGAAAGCAUUAAGACUAUCAUUGAGCAUGAAGUAAAGAAUGGGAUUCCGGCCAAUAGGAUUGUCUUGGGAGGUUUCUCUCAGGGAGGGGCUCUUUCUAUGUACACAGCCCUCACCUGCCAACACAAACUGGCUGGAGUAGUUGGGCUAAGCUGUUGGUUACCUCUUCACAAGACAUUCCCUCAGGCUGCAAGUGGUGUAAAUAAGGAAAUCUCUGUCAUGCAAUGUCAUGGAGAGGCUGACCCCAUGAUUCCUGUUCGCUUUGGAAAUCUCACCUCAGAGAAACUGAAAUCGGUGUUGAACCCUUCAAAAGUCCAGUUCAAAUCGUAUCCUGGAGUCAUGCAUAGCACCAAUCAGGAGGAAAUGAUGGCAGUGAAAGAUUUCUUGCAGAAAGUGCUCCCACGAGUGUAACACAGUGGUGACUGGCUUCAGGAAAAUGUUACUUAGCAUCGCCUCAGUGUUACUUUCUCACCUAAAAGAUUCCUCAUCCUUUUAUCCACACCCACACUGGUUUGUUACAUAAGUAUUUUUUUUUCCUGUCAGCUGUGACUGGAGCUGUUUAAGGUACUGAGUGAAGGAUUCCACUCCUGCACCUUUACUAUGGGUAACUGUGCACUGCAGGAGAUCACACCACUGUUGCUUCACACGUCCACCUAGUAUUGCAUUCCAUGUCAUUCUGAUGUAACGGGUCUUCUACUGGUAACAUCAGGAAGCUAUCAUAUACCUCUGAUGAGCAACUGAGUGUUGUGAAUGUAACUUAAACAGUCUGUCCUCUGCAGAGCAGAGCUCGGGCCAUUAUCAGCAGUUUCUGUAUCAAGGUGUAGGUACUCUACCACAGCCAACUGUCCCUGCUGCACACAAACCAUAUGCUAUUGGAACAGUUAUGCUCUGAGCUUGAUUUAAAGAAUAAUCUAAAUAGUCAUUUUGUAAGUUCCUACAGCUGUGCACAUAUCUUUGUCUGGGCUCAGAUGGACCAAUCAAUGGUUAUUUUUGAGAGAGAAAUGUGCUAUGUGAAUAAAUAGGAAUGCUGGAUAUCUGACUAUGUAAAGGGUCCAAAUGUCUUUACCUGCUUGUAAGAGAUGAAAUAGAUUGAGAACAAACUGUACCUACUAUUUAAGGCAUCAGCUAUUAUUGCAAUUGGUCACAAUAACUAGUUAUCUGUAAUCACAAAAGUAUUUGUGUUAGCAGUAGCUGGGCAGGUACUGGCCUGCCUAUUUUUUCAAGUCUUUAGAUAAAAUGGUUUGUCCUCAGUCUCCUGUGAUCAUGCUGGAAUGCCUUUAGCUAUUCCUGAGUCUUCCAGUAUCCCUAACCCCCUCCUCACAGAUUACUGCCUUGUGAGAAAGCAGGCCUAAAUCCUUCCCACCUCUUUAUAAACAGAAGUAACCUUUCCAAAUGGGUCUUAGUGGUACCUAUAACUGAAAUAUACUGUUCAAUGAAAGGUAGUUAAUUGGCUAGGAAAGGAUGAAAUGUUCUCUUAGGAAUGCUGUUCUAAGCCAAUGGCUUUCCUUGUGUCCAUAUUUCAUCUGGUUCUAAACCGGGAAAGUUUAAUGCUGUUGGAUGCUGAGCUGUCUAUUAAACACACUAGUACCAA